AUGAGCCUUCAGCCGAAAGCCCCAGGGUCACCCACCCUCCUUACCGUACCCCGAGCUACGCGAAAGCAUCCGAAACAACGGGUGCUGCACCACCGUGUCACUCAAUUGAUGUUGAACGAGCCGGAGAAGUUGAUCCACAACGGGCCCGACUCGGCCGUGUUCUCGGAUUGGCGGCCACGCACUAACAGUUCUCCGUCCGAGAUGAGAGAGCGUAGGCUGAGGUCUUCGGUGAGAAGAGAACAAUAUUAUGGCUCCGUGGAAUUGGUGGUAUCUGUUGAUCCUCGCGGGCGUAUCCGAAAUAUUGGACGUUUUCGACUUGAACCAUCGUCAGAUUAUCAUGCCGGGGCGGAAGGCCAGUUCCCCACGUCAAGCACAAUUAUCGUCGAAAACCCCCAAGAAGAAACGCGCUGGUAUUGGAAAUAUUUCCUUGGAAACGAGCAUCAGAAUUUCUCCGGGAUUGACCCCAGCACAAAAUCGCCAUUUUUCUUGUCGAUCACAGUCGAGGAAGAGAUUGAUGAUAAUAGGUUGUUGCGUGCAAUUCUAUGGACGGCAAAGGGCCCUCGUCGUUUGUGUGUUCCAGUACCUCCAUCAGGAAAGCCGCUGACUGCCAAAGCAAUUUUGCAGCGGUUCCCCGACUUCUCUGACCACAAUCGUGGCUUGAAAGAAAUCCUCAACGCCAAAGUACAGAAAGAGCUCGUCGUGCUUGAAGACCAGGAGGGGAGCGUCAAUUGCAAAUUUGGUGUUAUAUUCUCGAAAAGCGAGCAAUCAACCGAUUCUCAGAUGCUUAGCAAUGAAUUCGGCGACGAAGGUUUUGAAAAACUGCUGAGGAUUCUUGGGCAGCGUAUCGAGCUGCAGAAUUGGGGCAGCUACCGUGGAGGGUUAGAUAUCACAACCAAUUCCACGGGCCGUGAAUCAGUCUACGCGGUGUUUGCCGGCCAUGAAAUAAUGUUCCACGUCUCCACAUUAUUGCCCUACAGCCGCGAAAAUGAGCAACAGGUGGAACGAAAACGCCAUGUGGGCAACGACAUUGUAAAUAUUGUUUUUGAGACUGGUGGCGAUCCAGUGAGGCCAAAUUUUAGCCCAACGAUGAUGAAAUCGCAUUUUACACAUGUGUUUGCGGUUGUCACCUACGAAGAAAAAGGAGGCAUCUGGCGGCUUUGGGUAUUCUCGGAAGAAAGUGUGCCCGCCUUCGGCCCGUCAAUCCCAUAUCCUAAUACGUUCACAGAUACGGCUGAAUUCCGAGAAUUCCUAUUGACAAAAUUGAUCAAUGCCGAAAAAGCUGCUUACCAAGCAAAAGUGUUUGUCGAGAAACGACACCGUACAAACGAUACAUUGCUCAAAGACAUGUAUAUGGAGUAUUUGAAGGAAUGCCAAAGGGGAUUUAACAAGGUGACCGACUCGGUAAUCCGUCAUAUCCGGUCCCCAGUCAGGAAAGAGGCGCCGCGAGAGAGCGUGGAUUUUUGCAAACUGGGCGAGCUAAUCAAGCUGGAGAAAACGUUGAGUGGGGAUGUGAACGAAACGGUGCGGAUGACGUCGAUAUGUCGGAAGCAGCCAUGGGAUAAAGAAGUCAUUAUUCGGGACAUUAUUUCAUUCGAAGACGUCAGUGUUGAUGCCUGGGGACAUGCGGCGGUGGUUACUGUGACGAAAGAUGGUGCCGUGCAAUUGAUCGCCGAAGGAAAAACCUCCAUAUUAAUCGAACCAGGGGCUUCUGUUCAGCAAAUCGCCAUCGUUGAGCAUUUUGGGCUGUUUAUCGCGAGAAUGGAUAAAGGGCGUGACGGAUAUUUGGGGGUAUUUUCACUAUCCGAAAUGCGACACGCUAUCCAAACCGGUCAACCGAUCAACAAAAAAACGGCGCAAUCACAUAAGAUCCCAAGCACCAAGGGCUGUCAUCUUUUUGCGCGAUCCGAGGGCACCGGGCUUCGCUUGAAUAUUGUGGCUUGCAUUGGCAAGAAAAUGCUGCUGCUUCGAUGGGCCCUAGGUCCGCUUGGAAGAUAUACCGAAACUACGCAUAUUAUCAAUAACUUCACACUACUAACCGUUUAUACGCUGCCGGACGAGCCUUCAUCCUGUUGCGUGUAUGAGAUGAAGAAUUUUCAGAGUCAUGUCAAAGUUAUUGCUUUGGCGAAUAAGCAUAUCCAUAUGGUGGAUUUGACGGAAGAAUCUUCUGAGAGCAUCCCGGUUCCACAUUUCAAAGGCAACGUCGAAAUACGAUCUGCUAGCGAUGGAGAUAGUGAUGAAUUUGUGUUGAUGACAAAUAGUUCAACUCUAUUAUUUGACAAAAUCGAUCAGCGCUGGACCCACGAACAAACUUUUUGGUCUACUACCCUCCACAACUUCGUUUUCCGUUUUCCUUUCAUUAUUGGCUUUGGGGAGGAUUUGAUAGAAAUUCGGUUGGCUGUAAAUGGAAAUCUGCUUGCAACGAUGUAUAUGCCGAAUGUACGAUUAAUCACUAGCAAGACUGAUAUUAUCUUUUCUGUCGAACGGGCGUUUUCUGGUGGUUGUAUUCCGGGGAUGAGUAAGAAGGAAGAAAAUGGUAAAGAGAAUGGGGCACCAACGAAGGAUGGCAAGGAUCACGAGCAUUCACAUCGCGGCUCUGUGAGGAGAAAUCAUCCGGAAAGUCAGCAAAAGCGAUGGGAUGUAUACCGGUUUAAAGGAAUCGAGUUAGAGAUGGUGACAAAGGAUCGGGAACCACAUCAGGGCACUCUUUCAACGUGCGAGACCGAAUACGGACCAUUAGUAAAUCAACAGGUGUGUGAGGAUGGGCUAUGUGGAGCGACGCUUACAACGAUAAAACAAGCGGCCGAGGUUACCGUGACCACGACAACUACCACAGCGUCAUCCUCCCCAGCUGAAGGUUGCCAAAUCCAAGGCGUAGACCCCGGCACAAAACCCUCAUCCAAUGGCUUCAAAGCCGUUGGCGCCCAGGGAGACUGCAAUCAAAGAUGUCAAGUGGAGACCGCGUUUGCAUGUCAAGCUUUCAUCACAACCGGACCGAACGGGCCCUGCAUGCUAUUCGGAACUCUGGAUCGAAACAUUUCAUUGUUGCACUAUAGCAAAUAUUACCUGCAGGAUUUGAAAUGCGCAACUCAAAAAGACUCUAUCGCCACCUGCGAGUAUAAGAAGUCUGGCAAUAUCCCUAUACCGAGUGAGGAGAAUUCAACGAUCUUUAAGGGCAUCGGCUUUGCAAUUAACUGGGAACAAUGUCAACACCUUUGCCAAAUGAAUUUUCCUAUGUUCGAGAAGAAUCCCUGUACCACAUUCGCAUAUGACCCUAAGCAAGGCUUUGAGUCCGGAAAGGAUAACUGUUAUUUCUUUGAUUCUGAUUAUCCGACAAAUGCUACCAGCGGUGAACUUGAUUUCUACCAAUUAGUUUGCGGA